UGCUCUGGCGGCAGAGCUAGGCAUUUUCGCUUGCCGCUCGCUCCGCGUGAGAGGCUCGGCUUUUGCAGGGGGCGACGAACGAAACUGAUGUGGCUGUCGCAGGCGCCGCGGCUGCGUCUCCGUCAGCGGAAGCAGCGCGAACCAACGACGAGCCGCGGCGGUGGAGGAGCGCGGUGCCAAUCGCAUGCCUGAUUUGCUGCUGCUGCUGCCAGCUUCGUACCGUUGUGCUCUUCUUCAUCUCGUUGUUGUUAUUGUUGUUGUUGGCGUUGUUGUUUCGGCCCGCCGCUGCUUGUCUGUCCACCACCUCUUCGGUUGUUGGCGGAGCAUCUUGAAGAAGGGGUCAGCAGAGCAUAAAGGAGAAGCCGCCGGCUCGGGGAUUCACUCGACACUGUGGUCAUCGCUUCGCCACUUAGGUCACCGAGCCGCAGUAGCGCCACCGAGGACAGCGGAUGCCACGGGAUGCCAACCUCUGCCGGCAGCGCUGCUGACGGAGCGAGCGGCGGCGGCGGCGCAGCGAGCGGCGUCCGCAUCGUGUCAGCGCUGGUGACGGCAGCCGCGCUGCUCGGCUGCACCCUGGCUGACGUGGACUUCGACGUCGCCGCUUCGUUCGAGGAAGACCGAUCGCUGGUCGGCACGGUGCACAACCUGGCGCUGUUCAAGCCGCGGGCCAAGCACUGCAUCAAGAACGUCAUCAACUAUCGGGAAGCCCCGCCGGACAGGAGAGGGCGCUUUCACAUACUGCUGGGCCGCAUGGUUGAGUACGUCGACCAGAUUAACGAGAACAACUACAAGACAAAGAUCAGGUUGCUGGCAAGGAGCGGCAGCAUGCUCCACAACAAGUUCAGCGAUGCGUUCACGCGGUGCGUCCAGGACCCGUGUUCACAGCCGCCGGAACCCGGCUGGUGCCUGCAGAACAUGGUGAUGUACUACUACGACCCGGACAGGAGAUCGUGCAGCGAGUUCACCUACACCGGCUGCGGCCGCAACUUCAACAAUUUCCUCACCAAGCACGAGUGCCGGAAGAUAUGCAUCGAAGGCCGAACGUGACGAGGACCUUGAACACGCCGGUGGACAGCAACGAGGACUUUUAACAGUUAUACGCUCACAAACACAGCACGUAGGCCGGUCGGCAUGUGGGACGCUUUUUUGCGGAAAUUAAAGGAGAAGUCCAAG